UUAUUUUUGUGCUCGGUACUGGCAACGCGAGUCUCUCAGUUCUCGCGAUACUUUGCGAUAGGUUAGAGUGCGCCGCUCCACGUGCGCGUCCAUGGCUAAGAGGAAGGCGACACAAAAUAGUGUUUCAAGCAAAAAAAAAGGAGAUAAAAGCUUAAAAAUGAGCUUCUGAACCGCAUUAAAGAGUUAAAGCCAAAAGUGAGAUGCUAAAAUCCUGUCAGCUUGGCGGUGUUUUUAGCAGUGAGCGUUUAAAAGCAGCUGUUCGACUCGAAGUCUGCUGUAGGAUUAAACGGUUCAGGAAGAUGUCUGAAACCCAUCACAAUCACAGCAUCAAGCUGAAAAGAGCUCCAGAAAACAGUGAGGCAGAAAAGGAGGCUAAGAAGCUAAAAACAGACGAGGAGAAAAGGUUCCCGAAGAGAAAAGUUGUCCUGCUUGUGGCCUAUUCGGGCAAAGGCUACUAUGGGAUGCAGAGGAAUCCUGGAAAUUCUCAGUUUAAAACUAUCGAAGAUGACCUGGUCACAGCUCUCAUCAAAGCUGGGUGUAUUCCUGAAAAUCAUGGCGAUGAUAUGAAGAAGAUGUCUUUCCAGAGAUGUGCCAGGACUGACAAGGGUGUUUCUGCAGCCGGCCAGGUCGUAUCUCUAAAGCUCUGGCUGAUUGAGAACAUUCUGGAAAAGAUCAACACUCACCUUCCACCACAGAUUAGAGUUUUACGUUUGAAGAGAGUCACAGGUGGAUUUAACUCCAAAAACAACUGUGAUGCCAGGACCUACUCCUACAUGCUUCCCACUAUCGCGUUCUCUCCAAAAGACUCUGACCAAGAGGACACGUCAUUCCGGUUGGACCCCGAGACACUUCAGAAGGUUAACAAGCUCUUUGCUCUCUACAAAGGCACCCACAAUUUUCACAACUUCACGUCACAGAAGGGUCCCCGGGACCCGAGUGCUAAGCGCUACAUCACGCAAAUGUCCUGUGGAGAACCGUUUGUCAGGCAGAAGGCAGAGUUCGCCGUGAUCACAGUGCGAGGCCAGAGCUUCAUGAUGCACCAGAUCCGGAAGAUGAUCGGAUUGGUGAUCGCUGUAGUGAAGGGAUACGCACAAGAGGAGAUCAUCGAAAGGAGCUGGGGUGAAGAAAAGGUCGACGUGCCCAAGGCUCCUGGGCUCGGCCUCGUGUUGGAGCGCGUACACUUUGAUCGGUACAACAAGCGCUUCGGAGGAGACGGUCUUCAUGAGACCUUGGAGUGGGAGCAUGAAGAGGACGUUAUAGCUGCCUUCAAGGAAGAGCACAUUUACCCGAGUAUAGUGGAGACAGAGUGUCAGGAGAAGUCGAUGAUCAGCUGGAUGAGUACGCUGCCCAUUCACGACUUUACUGCCACAGCAACCGGCAAGCAAGAUAACAAGGAUGAAGAGGAUGCUGGAAAUGCGUCAGACUGAGACAUUUGAAAAUCUUUGCUUUUUUUUUUUUUUUUUUUUUUUUGCUUUUUUUAUGUUCUACUUUUCAAUAUAUUUUUUCAUUUUUUCUUUAUUUGCAGGUUUUGUUUCUAUUAUAUUUUAUGUUGUGAUAUAUCUAUUAUGAAAUGUAUAUAUUAAAUAUUAAAUUUGAAUUUUGACCUCAAUGACCUGAUUUUCACAUUGCCACCAAUUUGUAGUCAGUCAUCCAAGAGAUUUGCACACUUUUGUGUGCUGAGAGGGUAAAUGUAGCUAACAUUCUCUCUAGGAGCUGAGACUGGCAUCGUGAUCACUAGGUCAUCAUUAAAGGUGGGGUGCAGGAUGUUUGAGAAAUGCUUCAGAAAACCGAGUUGGCCGACUAACAAAACAAACGUGUAGCCAAUUAGCAGAAAGGGGCGUGUCUUGUCAAUAUGCGGCGGAGGAGUGUUCAGUGCGCAUAUCUGACAUUAGCUGAAAGCGAUUGAAACAUUGACAUGGUGGAUACCUGCCUUACCUCUGCCUCGGGUUCUAGGUGUUGAACAUCGUCUUCUGCGUGAAACUGGGCUAAACCUUUCACAGUACAACACAC